AUGGCGAAAUCCGAGCUGGAAUCGGGGGAUUACGUAGAGUUAACAGAGGAGCGACUGGCAGUGGACAAAUAUGUCGAUUUGGUGAGGGAUCCCGGAGCUGGAGCCAUCUCGACGUUCCUAGGGACUACGCGCGACUCGUUUGAAGACAAGAUUGUGACCCGGCUCGAGUACGAGGCUUAUAACGAGAUGGCGAUCAGUGUCCUGAAACAUAUCAUCCAGUCAGCGCGUGCCACGUGGCAACUGAAGAAGGUCGCAAUCGCUCACCGCUUGGGAGUGGUCCCUGUAUCAGAGGCCAGCGUGUCGAAGGUGGUGGUGGUGAGGGUAUUGCACUUGGCGGAGGCAAUAGUGGGGAGGAAGAAGCUGUUUGGAAGCAGAAUGUAG